UCUCUCUCAGAUCUUCUAGAUCACCCAAAAGGGUCUCUGUUUCUUCUGGGUUUUUCACCUUUCCUUUUUUCUAUUAUGGAUAACAAGACUUCUUCAUCUUCUACUGAAAACACUACUAGUAGCAAUAGAGAUCAGUACCUGAAACACCUCAACAAGCUCUCCCACAAGAUCUCCAAACCCGUGACCCGAAAACCCAACUUCGACCCGCCUCCUGUUCCGGCUCCCAACCCCCAAAACGCACCGCUUCAGCAGCUCCAAUCCUCUGCUUCGCAGCCCAAUCAGCACCAGCCUCCGGUCUACAACAUCAACAAGAACGAUUUUCGGGACGUGGUUCAGAAGCUGACCGGUUCACCGGCCCACACGGACCGGUUCGCGACUCCUCCGCCGAUUCAUCCGCCGAAAACCCAGAGCUCGCGGCUCCAGCGCAUCCGCCCUCCGCCGCUGGCCCAGCUCGCCUCCCGCCCGCCUUCUCUGCUCGACGGCGCCGUUUCGGCUCAGCCGAAUAACAACAACAACAACAAUAACUCUCUCAUUCCGCCUAUGGGCGCCGCCGCCGCUCAUUUCGGCGGCGUCAUGGGAAGGUCCACCGCGCCGCUCUCGCCUCUGCCUCCUUUUCCGACCGUCCACGCGGCGGCGGAGUCGCCGGUCUCGGCCUACAUGAGGUACCUCCACAACUCGCUGUCCACUGGUGAUUCGAAUCCGAAUAUGAACCAGAAGCAGCAGCAGCAUUUCUCUGGAUUCUCGCCGCUGGCGCCGCUCGUCUCGCCCCGCUGGACCAACCUGACCCCUCCGCCGCAACCGGAGCAGAAUCAAAAUGAGAAUCAGAACCAGAAUCAGCAGGUUCCUCAGCCGGAGCUGGGACAGGGUAUGGCACCCUCGUCGGAAGCUCCUGCUCCGGCGGCAUCCUCCCAGCCCCAAUUCGCCAUGCCUGCGUCGCCACUUCCAUUCGGAUGCUUGAAUUCGCCUCGGUCGCAGUAUGGUUUGCUUUCCCCAACUCAGUUAGGGUUUCCUCAGCUUCCUCUCUCACCGACGGUGCCUGUUCCAAGCCCUAGGUGGAGGGGUUUCUAGUCUUUUCUUCAGGUAAGUCCAGCUUUAGAUUAUCUUUAUGUCGAAAAACAAUACACAGGAAGCUGUCUGCUUUAGAGUUUUAGGGUUCUUUUUUAUCUUGCUCCACAGAAACUUUGUACAUUAUGGGUUGAGGGAUUUAUUCAAUUACUAGUGGUUUGACGGAAAUGGUCCGCCGCUGGUUCAAAAUUAGGGUAUU